AUGAAUACGACUCGUAAGUUAGACAUUUUCACUCCCUCGGUUACCGUGGCUUUGAUGAAAACUAUGCCACGUCCUACCCUGUUACCUUCUCCAAAAUUGACCGCCUCCACCUCUAGCAUCAACCAUCGACUUCAGGUGAACGCCUACCUAUUCGAUGUUCUCAGUGGUCGUACUGAGGCCAACCACCCAAUGUGUCAAGAGUGCGCUGACGUCCUGGUUAAUGCUCAACAUCAGUUGUUAGAAUUCCAGAAGGAGGAGAUUGCCAGUCUUGAAACAUUUCUCGCCCAGUUAAAAUCACUCCCUUUGGGGUCGAAUGAGGUAGACGAAGCCUCGGCUUCCUCCGAUGAAGUGUUUUCUGCUUCUCCUGAGUCUGGACAAGAGCUCCAGCAAGCAUCGUCAGAUCUCGUGUCUCCAGGCCUCGAACAAUCGUCACACUCGAACCACAACUCUCCACAGGCCUCGUCAGAGCCCUGCAUCUCGUUGAAUGUUGAAACCUCGGACGCGUUAGCCGGGGGGACCAACCGCCCUGUGCCCACUUUCCGAUGCAGCACCGACGGCAACUCGGUGACUGGAAAUGAGGACUUCGACGCGGCAACCAACUCGCAGCUGACCAAGGUUCACGAAGAGUUGCUUUCCCUGCAGCGGGAACUCUCCAGCCUUCAACAGGAGUCUCGUAUUCUUGACAAACAAAUUGCCAUGGAUACUAAGGAGUUGCAACGUCGGCAGGAGGAGUUGGAUAGAAUCAACAACGAGUAUAACGAAAAACGCCUGAUGCUGUUUGAGGUGGAGGAGGCCCUGGCGGUGCUUGAGGCGCGCUUCGAAGACGCUCGCUACCAGUAUGAUCGACUUCGUCAGACCAAUGUCCUCAACGCCGCCUUCCCCAUCUGGUACGACGGGCACAUUGGCAUCAUCAACGGCCUUCAUUUGGGACGUCUGCCCAACAAGCCGAUCGGCUGGCCGGAGAUAAACGGUGCCCUGGGGCAGUGUGCCAUGCUUGUGACGUGCUUGGCGAAGAAGCUAUCCCACGCCUUCAGGAACUGCGUGAUAAUUCCGAUGGGAAAUCAGUCGAAAAUCGCCGCUCUGCCCAACGGUAGUCCACUGCCCCUUUACAACUCGACUAGCGCUGUGUGGAAGUUUACUAGUAGUAGCUUCGACAAUGCAAUGGGCAUGUUCCUGGACUGCGUCGGCCAGCUGCAGGCGCUCGUCGAGCGACAGCCGGACUUCAGCUUGCCGUUCAAGAUCCUCGACAAUGGCCGAAUCCAGGACAGGAACGGAUCCAUCUUCUCUGUAAAGCAAAUCGCUCACCCGCGUGCCAUCGACAGCUGUGGCGACGCAGCAUCACAGAGACUGCUGCUUGCUGCGACAAUAUGCGCCGGCAACACCGACGAGAACUGGACCAAAGCACUGAAGAUGUUGCUCAUCGAUCUCAAGUACCUCAUUGCCGCCACCUGCGGCCGAUCCCGCUCCACCACCCCGGAAACCACCUCUCAACGCACCCCCUAA